AAACAUAUAUUUUAAAUUCAAAUGCAGGUUGUGUGCAGGAAACUGAACCAUGGGAGAUUAUAACUAAAGCAGCAUUUCUUUGACUCAACAAGGGUAAGCCUCAGGAGCAAGAGGGUAACUAGAGAAAGGGUUUGCCCACUCAAGGAUAAAGGAGGAAAGUUAUGCGUGGAGUCAAAGAAAAUAGAUGCUGCCAGGCCUGCUGAACCCGUUCAGCAAUUUCUGUUUUUAUAUCUCAUCAUAGUUGCAGGUAUUGGGACAGAAAAUGUCUGACUGUCACAAAACAACAUGAAAAUGCUGGAGAAACUCAGCAGGUAUGGCAGCAUUGGUUGAGUGAUAAACAAAGUUCGGAUGAGACAUCACUGUUCCGAAACACUUCGUCUGUUUUCCUCUCAUUGAUGUUGCCAGACCAGCUCGUUUCUCCUAGGAUUACAACUACAACUGCUCAGAUGGGGUGCAGAUGCUGCAGAAUGAUAAGAAGGUACAUCUUUGGACCGACUAUUAUAAGAGAACUACCACCAAACAGUGUGAAAAACGAAAAAAAUUAUAGAAACAAUGACAUUAAACAUGAGACCUCAUUUCACAACAGGAACAUCAAAACCAACAAUAUUGUCACUUCAACUUUGGACAAAGUGAUAAACUUGGAAGAACAAAAUAUAGAAAUCAUAAGGAAGGAAAUUAAUGUAUCAGAAAAGAAUUUAACACGUGCAGAAGAGAAAACAGUGGAAGGUAUUGAACACAACACUGACAAAGAUGAAAUACACACACUGAAUAAUAAACUUCUACAUCCAGAAUCUUACACAGUUGCAGAACAUGAUGAAAUAGUUCAAAACGCUAAUACAGAGAACUGUUCCUUAAACAAUAAUUUAAAAGAUGCAUCUAAAGAUGAACUGGCACAGCACCAUGACCCAGAAACAGAAAGUGAUUGUCAUAAAGUUAAUGGGCCAUCCACAGAACAUCCCACUGAAGCAGAAAACAUGGACAAAGCAUGUCACGUCCAUGAAGGAGGAGAGGAAACAAUUGACAACAAAGAAAUUGACUUCCCAAAUAACGGUUUAUUGUUGCAUGUACAAAAUGCUGAAUUAAAUCAAUACAAUCUGGAAACUGACACGGAUGAAAUCAAAACUUCUUCCAACCAAUCUUCCGAUACAGAAAUGUAUACCAUAAAUGGGCAUGAAGAUCUAGGAAAUACUCCUCCUAUUACUACUGAUGAAGAACUCAGUGUCGAUUUGUUUGAAGAAGUGAAACUCAGGAUUGAUGGGGAAGAUCCAGAGGUGGCUGCUGCACUUGCAGCACUGGAAGCAGCAACAGCAGGAGAGGAUGAUGACCUGGAGGAUUAGAAUGCACUUAACAACAUGGGACUUACUGAAACACAAUUAUGUUAAGCAUUAAAUGUAUUUUUGGAUUUCAGUUGGCUUCCUUAGACAAUGGUUUCUGAUUAACAUAAUGCAAACCAGUUACUGUUUCUAAACUGAAAAAAAAUCUAAAAGAUAAAAGGACCAGGACAUGGGUCACUUCGCUUAGAUAUUUUCUGGCAGGCAACCCAUGCCAAUUUGGGAACAAUAAGAGUUCUCAUUGGAAGGUGGGAUGGGGGCAUUCGGAAAAGGGCUCAGAUAAUGUGCAAGUGAGUGAAUCAAAAUGCUCAAAUCAGUUCUAGUGUCUUGGAAGCUUAGAUUCCCAAAUGCACUACAAUUCCUGGAUAAUUGUUAAAAAUCACACAACACCAGGUUAUAGUCCAACAGUAAAAAGUGAGGUCUGCAGAUGCUGGAGAUCAGAGCUGAAAAUGUGUUGCUGGUUAAAGCGCAGCAGGUCAGGCAGCAUCCAAGGAACAGGAAAUUUGAUGUUUCGGGCAAAAGCCCUACAGGUCUAAUUGGAAACACACUAGCUUUCGGAGCGACGCUCCUUCAUCAGGUGAUUCAGGUGAAGGAGCGUCGCUACGAAAGCUAGUGUGCUUCCAAUUAAACCUGUUGGACUGUAACCUGCUGUUGUGUGAUUUUUAACUUUGUACACCCCAGUUCAACACCGGCAUCUCCAAAUCAUGGAUAAUUGUUCUUCUCUCGCAUUGAGAUCAAAGAACAAGACGAGCCAGGAGCUGCAGUAACUCUGGAAGAGUCGUCUCAUUGGCUUGAUUUCCUAGUAUUUCAUAUAAUCUGAAUGGGACAGGUCAAACUUGUGCUUGUUCCGAGCAUGAUGGAAACUCUUGCAAGUCCCUUUUAUCAGCACACCCAACUUUUCAACAUGCUGGGUCUCUGAGAAUUUGUAGGGUCACUAUCUUUUCAAUUAAUCUUUACCAAUGCUGUCAUGUGGUACUUUGUGCCUGGUAUAGUGCAGAAAAAGUACCACUGGUUCAUUAAGUCUGUCAUUGUAUUUUUCUUUGAGCCUUUCAAUGUUUAUUCCCAUUCUUUUGCUCACCCCCCUUGAUCAUUGCUCUUUAUGAGCAGCUCCCUGUAACGUAGAAACUUCAUAAUCCAGAAGAAGACCAUUCAGUCCGUUAUAUCUCUGGUGGCCAAAAAGAGUAAUCUAGACUAAUUCCAUUUUCUACACCAAUAGGCUUCAACAUUAAACAGUAUCUUUUCAAUGUGAUGGGGUGUUCGGUCGCUUGUAGCUUUUCACAGAGUGAGUUUCAGUGCCUGUUUUAUAUUCAAACCUAAAUUGCUGACAUUUCGAAUGAAAAUCAAGAGACCCAGCACAUAAACUCAAUGGAAGUUAUGGAAGUAACUCCUGGCCAGUGUGAUGUGCCACUUUCAAUCCAGUCUGCCACUUUCCCAUUGGUCCUUUUCCUUUUCAGAUGAGUCUGCACUUGGGGACCUUGUUAAAAGCCUUCCUAAAUCCCACGGAAACUACAUCAAACAAACUACGCUGAUUCACCCACUUUAUUACUUCUUCAAAAUUUGCAGCCAUUAGAUAAAACCUUUCCUUCACAAAUCCAUGUUGACUAUCCUUGAUUAAUCCACAUUUUUCUAAACAACAAACAUUAUUCCUCUGAAUUUUUUCUAGUAAUUUGGGUUGAGGGUCCUGUAAUUACUCGAGUAAUGCCAGUCUCUCUUUUUAAACAAUGUUGUCGCCACAACUGCAACCUCAGAACACCUCGGAGCCUCCAAUACUUCCUUCCUUGUUUCUUUCAGCUGCAUGGGGUACAUUUUAGGCAUAAUGAGUUUACUACUUCUAAAAGAUACUAAACACUUCAAUAUUUGCUCUCUCACAUUCCUUAUCCCAAUACACUCCUUUUUAAACUACAAUGUAUGCAUUAUUCCCAUAUUCCGUAAAAACAAAAUAUUCAUUAGAACUAAGACCGUGUCUUCUAUCUUCACUUGGUCAUUAAUUGGCACUUUUCUUAGUUACCUUCCUGUUUAUUAACUCUUUCUUAAACAUAUUUAGAUAUUUCUUGAUGCUACUUUCCAUUACUUUAUAAAGCCCUCUCUUUGCUUUUAGUUUCACCUCUUCAUUUUUUUUUACAACCUCCUGGCUGUCUGUAGUAUUGAAUUUUGGUUGUUGAUACAAGCUUGGUUUUACCUUAUCACACCUUCUCUGCUCGCUGACUUACUUCCAGGGAACUUAGUUUCACACAUCUCGUCCUUUGAAUGACUUAGUCAUAGUUCCUUAUUCCAGCUCUUAACUGGAAAUAGGAAGUCAGUCCUCACUGCUUUUAGCAAGUGUAUAUUUGCCCACUGUGUGAUGGCCGAUUUAAACACAAUAAAACUGUUGUAGUGCCAUACACUUUAUGAACACUUAGCAGUGGCACACUCUUGUUUGUUGACAAAUACGCUGAGCCACAUAUAUCUUUGGCAAACAAGUUAAUGCAGAACAUGCAUAAUGGUCUAUUUUCUAAAAAUUACACAAUAAAUCCCUGCAGAGAAAAAGUGAACAUUUAUGCUGCAAUAUGUGGUAAAGGUACCUGUAGCUGAAACUUUACUAAUGGACAGAAAUGUAACUAAAUAAAAAGCAUUUUUUGUAUGCAAAGCAAAUUGGCAAGGAAGCAACCAACAUAAAAGUACAUCUAAAUACAGCCAACAUCUUUGAAAUUGGUGUUAACAGGAAGAAGCUGAUGUUUAUUUUACUAUCUGGCUGUUGAAACUUGUGUGUUUUAAGUGGUCGGGAAGAGGUCAAAUGCAAUCACAAAAAACUGCCAUAAAAAUGAUUGUCCAGACAGCUAGAGUGAUGAAUGUACUGUAUAUAUUGCAAAAAGCCAAUGUACUGACUGUGAAUGAAAGCACUUAUCACUUAUUGCGAUAAUCUCAGAAGAAGUGAGAGCAUUCUGGAGUAACAAGCCUCAGGAGGGCUUGUUUGGAAGUUCUGUACAAAAUAUAUUCAUGUUCAAUAUUGUAAAUUGAAUUGUUUUAUCAAUUGUGAAGCUUUUCUAUAACUGUCAAUGCUUUAUAUGAAACUUGAUAUGCAGCACGUUAGUUAAUAACAAUUGAAGCUGCAUCAAAAAAAUGAACUAUCACUUUCCCAUUUCAAAAUGUGGAUAAUAUUAACUUAUAUAAAGAAAUAUCAUGAAUAUUAUUAACAGUUUU